AGUCUCACCAACCAAUUGUAUUUCAGCAGCUAUAACCUUGACAGUUCUAAACGUUGAGCAUUAUUAUUUUUCCAUCACAAUUUGAAUACAUUUGGUCUAACGAUGAGUUAAUCGUUAUAGCGUGAAUGGUAUUCUUGUUUAAGAUCAAUGUUGUUCAAUAGUGGAUGCGUUGUUGUGAUUGUCUACUUCUUUCUGUCUCCAACAGUUCGUUCACGUAAUCAUGUAGAAACUGAAAGUAGCGUGGAAAAAUCACUUAUUCGCGUAAUAUUAGAACGUUAUAAACAAAAUGGUGUUGUUGGAAGACCUGUAAAUGAUAGUCGGCUGAAAGUGGUUGUUCAAUAUGGCCUUCAACUGAUUCAGCUUCUUGGACUCGAUGAAAAUAAACAAGUUUUAAGAACAAACUGUUGGGCGGUAUAUAGAUGGAGUGAUUCUUUAUUGAAAUGGAAUGCAAGUCAGUAUGGUGGUAUCAAAGAAUUAAGGAUAUUUCCACAUCAAAUAUGGACACCUGAUAUAAAACUCUAUAAUUUUGCUGAUGAACGUUUACAGGAAUUUCGAGAAGGUCGUUUAGUAGUAGAUAGCAGUGGCAAUAUACUGUGGAUCCAACAGGCAUUAUUCAGAAGCACAUGUCAAGUUGAAAUUACAUACUUUCCAUUUGAUAGCCAGGUUUGUAUGUUAGAGUUCGGUUCAAUGGCAUAUGAUAAAACUCAAUUAGAUUUGAACUGGUGGAUACCGGACGGUAGUGAUACACCAAUGCCAUAUAUUGACUUCUCAGAUUAUGUGCCUGCAAAUGAUUGGUUUACAGAUGGAGAAGCAGAACGCCAUAUUAGGCACGAAGAUCGAGUACAUCAGUUACGGUCGGUAAAACGGUAUCGAGUUAGAGAACAUUUAAUUGGAUCAACAAAACACGAAAGAUAUUAUCCAGUACUACGCUAUUUAAUACGUAUUUAUCGUAAUCCAAGUUUUCACUUGUUUAUUUUAAUUGUUCCAUGUUUGCUAUUAUCACUGCUAAGUUUGGUGGUCUUUUGGUUACCACCAGACUCGGCGGCUAAAAUGAUGUUAGGCAUUAACAUCUUCGUUGGAUUUUUCGUAUUGCUAUUACUGUUGGCAAAAUCAAUGCCAAGUGCAAUUAAGAAUUUCCCCAUAAUAGGUAUUUUCUUUUGUUUAAAUAUGGUCAUGGUCACAUUGUCGAUAUUUAUGGCUACGUGGGUAGUAAAUCUAUUUUACAAAGGAAAUGAAGGUCAAGCAGUUCCAUUUUGGAUUCGUCGAUUUAUUAUCGAUGGAUUAGGACGUAUGCUAGGAAUUCGACAAAUAAUCCCAUUAAUUGAUAAAUCAGAACGUUUAUAUCCGGAAAUUUCUUCUGUUACAAUUUCAAUAAGUGGAACCAACUUAUUAAAACAUACCAACAAUCAUCAUGAUAAAAUCAACACAAACUAUUCUUGUUUCAAUGAUUCACAGAUGAAAUAUGCUAACCAAAGCAUUAAUUCAAGUGAUAAACAACAACUGGACAAUAUUUGUUUAUCGAAUGAAAUAUUUUCGGAUCAUAAAACUGAAAUCAAUCAUAGUGCAUUAAAACAACAUUCACGUAAAAUAAAAGAAUCAUUGCAACAAAUCAAUAUUAAACAAAUAAAAUCUGCACAUAAAACGUCCUUAGGCGCUGAAUGGCGUAUCCUGGCUUUGAUUAUUGAUCGGUUAUUUUUCAUUAUCUAUUUAUUCACAUUGAUUACUAUUGCUGCUGUUGUCAUUUUCAAGACUGAUCUACCGGACACAACGUUACAAUUAAUAAAUCGUAAUGUAGUUGAUCUGCAAUAAUGUACACAUAUUAGUCAUGUGUUCUGUCUGUUAUUUAUCUCACUGAGGCUGUAUUUUAAUGGUGUAUUGUACGAAAAAUAGUUUUUUUUCUUAAUAAUACUAUUUAUCAAUGUGUUACUGGCCUUUAUUAAUCAUGAUACAUGGUAAUCAUACAUAAACCAAUCAAGCAUUAAUAAUAUUCUGUAAAAUAUUCACUUCCGAAUGUGUACAAUUUAUUUUACAAUGAUUAGAUAUAAGAGCAAGCUAUCAUUACGUCAUUGAUUCUCGUUCCUUUAUGUUAUAUUAUCAGUUAUUUAUUAACGCACUAAUAAGAUUAUUCUAGUAAAUAUACAAUUUAAUGUCACAAUGUGAAGCAAUCUCCAGUGUGACACAACAUGAAAAUGAAUAAUCUGUUUGGAAAACAAACAGUUCGUUGGUUUAUUCAAUCUUAAGUGAUUAACUAAUAAAAAAUUGAUGUAAAUGUUCUUGAACCUUUUUUUGUGAAAAUUUUGACUAAAUUUCUUUUUUGAUUAAAACAUAUUUAAUUUAGUGCUCAUACCUGUAUUUAUAUUAAAUUUUUAUUUGGUUAAUACAACCAAGAAGUUCAAAAUUUAAACUGAACAUAUAUAGAUACGAUGAUAUUAGUUAUUAUAUGAAACACAAACAUAAUAUUCUAUGAAGUUACCUAAGUCAACUGUGAUCAUUGUUAAUAAUAAUACAUUUCUAACAACAUAUCUACUCAUUUAAGACAAUUUCUGUACUAUAUACACCAUAAAAUAUGCACUCACUUGUAAUAUCAUGUUUUGGUAACAUUUAUUAUCUGAACUAUUUCAGUGUUUUGGAGGAUAACAUCAGCGAAUCUCUAUUCACUUGUUAAC